AUGCCCUCAAAACCGCCCAAACAUCCACCUCCACGGGAUGAGAGGGAGAAUCGCCGAUCUCUCCUAUCCGCGUCCGCCGAGGGCGUAAAGUUCCUAAUUUUACUACAAGUGACCUCCCGCCUACUAACCUUCCUCAUGAACCAACUCCUACUACAGUAUCUCUCCCCCUCACUCCUGGGUAUCUCGGUACAACUGGAGCUUUUCAUGAUAUCUAUUCUAUACUUUUCUCGGGAAUCGCUACGGACAGCGCUACAACGCCAACCCUCCUCUUCCACUACCGCCGUCUCCGCCGCCCCUACCCCCACCGAGCUCCCCAAGGCUGGUAGCAAACUAAUCGAAGGGACCCCAGCGGCCCACCACCAAACCGUCAUAAACCUCUCCCUCCUAACCCUCCCGCUCGGCCUCCUCUUUGCCGCGACACUAUCCCUCUUCUACACCCAUUCCUUUGCAUCCAGCGAGACGGCCUCUCAGCCGUUCUUUUAUGAGAGCGUGUGUCUCUACGCUCUCGCGACCAUCGUGGAGUUGGCGGCGGAGCCAUACUUUGCGCUUGCGCAGUUGGGGUUGAGGUAUAAAGCGCGCGCGACGGCGGAGAGCGCGGCGGCAUUAAUCAGGUGCAUUUUGACCUGUGGGGUUACGGUUGCGGUUGCGAAGGGGGUGGUUGGGGAGGAGCUGAGGGGGCGGGGAGUGGGGCCCUUGGGGUUUGCGGUUGGGCAGGUUGGGUACGCAGUUGCACUUUUGGGGGUUUACAUGUGGUGUUUUUUGGGGGAGGGGGGGACGGAGGGAUGGGGUGUUGGGUUGAAGGGGAUUGAGCCUAGAUCAAGCUACCACCUAACCUACUUCCACAAACCCCUCACCUCCCUGGCAGCAAGCAUGUGGCUCCAAUCCGCCCUAAAGCACCUCCUAACCCAGGGCGACUCCCUGAUAAUAACUUACUUCACAACGAACCACGUUCAGGGCAUCUACGCCUUAUCCUCAAAUUACGGCUCACUAAUAGCACGCAUGCUCUUCCAACCAAUCGAAGAAUCCUCCCGCGGCCUCUUCGCGGGUCUCCUCUCCUCCACCGCGACUCCUUCAAGGGAAGAUAUAACCUCCGCAAAAGCAACCCUCCAAACACUCCUAAGGCUCUACCUCCUCCUCUCCACCUUCUUCAUCUCCCUCGCCGCGCCAUUCGCGCCAUUCGCGCUCUCACUGAUCGCAAGCCGGCAAUGGACGGCCGCGAGCGACGCUGGCGAAACGCUCUCCGCGUUCUGCUAUUACAUCCCCCUCCUCGCGAUCAACGGCGUUACGGAGGCGUUCGUGCAGAGCGUCGCAAACGAGCGGGAGCUGGCAGGGCAGUCGGCUUGGAUGUUCGCUUUCAGCCUGGGCUUUGCCGCCGUUGGCUGGGUUUUCCUGAAGGUUCUGGGGUGGGGCGCGCGGGGAUUGGUCGCAGCGAACGGAGUCAACAUGCUCGUGAGGAUUCUGUGGAGCGCGGGGUUCGUUAGGGGCUAUUUUGCCAGGUUCGAGAAGGAAGGGGAAGGGUUCAAGGAGGCUUUAUUACCCGGUUGGGUGUUUUUGAGUACGGCUCUAGGGGCUGGAGUGCUUGCUAGGGGGAUUGUCUCGGAGGUAAUAAUUCCCGUCAACAUAUGGGCUUUGCUCGCCCGGUUCUCGCUAGCUGUUACGCCACCUCCAAGUCUUGUUCAACCGGUGUUCAAGGGUUCCAUUACUCUUCGACCGGCGCGGACGGGGCGCAGUGGCGUUCCUGAGGUCUCCUCGGGAUAUCCGACAAGUCCUCCUUACUCCAACGGCGGUCGUCGUAAUGGCGCCGCCGCUGGUCAUGGUAAGGGGGCAUCGAGAAUCAUCGCAAAGGAGUGUGAGAGACUACUUUGUAGAGACAUGAGGCGGAUUUUCCUUGGUGGAGGGAAUAAUCCGAAGAGUGUCCCUGUCCCGAUGAUCUCGGUUAAUAGCGGCGGAAAUAACAAUAAUUACAGCAAUGGAGUUGACGCGAAGGAGAUGCAGUUCAUUGAGGUGUGGGAUUAUGUUGGUGGUGCAAGCUUUAGAGGGUUUGUUGCUGAGAAGGGAAUUGAGAAGAGUUUGUUCUUGUUCUUUGAGCAUGUCGAGGGGACACAGUUGAAGCAUGGGCUGAUCGCUCUUAUCGAAUUGGCCAGCGAAUGUUUCAGCUGUGAUCGUCUGGUUAUUUGCUUGGAUCGCAAGACGGAUAGGAUUCAUUCACUUAUCCGCGAUCUUGGAUGGGUUGGUUUCGAGCUCAUCACCCUUUCUCAUUGGUUACAGCUGGAUAGCACUCCAAGUCCUCAGGCAAUGGCCCCAAUCGUUUUCCCUCCUACACCGCCGUCAAGUUACUCCUCAACCAACGCCCGCAGUGGCAGCUUUUCCAGCGUUUCGUCAACCACCUCAUCGGUAGUAGAUGAAGAAGUAACAAGCGAUCGGUGGAUCUUUGUCGGUAUGGAAUUGUAAAGGGAUUUUUCCCGCGACUUUCCUUGGAAGCGUGAUACAGAGGCUACUUUAUUAUUUCACUCCAUUCGUUUGGUUCUUGAGUCUUUUUUUCGUUGCUGUUUUUUUUCCCUUUUCCCUUCUUUCUUGUUCUCUUCACACAAAAGGUUCGGUUUUCGUUAUGAUUGGGAUGGUCGUUUUGAGAAUUACUUGCAUCGGGGAAAUUUUUAUCUAUUCCUUUUUUUUCCCUUUGGUCCAACCCAAAAUUUGAUUGCGUUGUGAUAAUAUUAUGAAAAUAAAGUCUGAAAGCGUGGAUAUACGUGAUGCAAUGUUA